GCCGCAGCCAGGCAGGAGACGCCGGGUGCCCGGCUGCGCUUCUCAGGUAGAGACCGGUGACAGGCCCGCAUCCUAUGGCGGGGGAUGGGUUUGCAAUCCUCCCCGGGGGACCCCUGGUUUUGAACUUGCCCGUCCCACCCAAGACCUGCCUAACACCCAAGAAGGAACCGUACGGCAUCGAGGAGCUGCCCUCUGGAUUCUUUGCAAGAGCACAAGACUCGAAUUGCACAGGGACGGGCGACGGCUCUACCUUGAGAGACGAAGAGAUGGCUGGAGACCCCGCCGUGCAGGAUCUGGUGACCUUCGAGGAAGUGGCGAUCUACUUUUCUGAAAAAGAGUGGGAGACCCUAACCGAUUGGCAGAAGGGCCUUUACCUGGAUGUCAUGAAGGACAAUUACAAAAACCUGGUGUCUCUAGGUCUCGCUGCGCAGCCCCCCAGCGUCCUCCUGCAGAUCGAAGGCUGGGAGAA